GUUUAAUUGCAAUUUUUAAAAAUGUAAAGCAACUAAAUAUGAAUACUUAUUCACCGGCUAAAUGUUCAUUUAUUUGCUUGGUCACCCUAUAUGAUUAUACAUUCACAUAUAUGUACGUUUAUUAUAUUCAGUGCGGCUUCAGUCGUUAGACACGUAACUUGGAGAAAAGAAGCGAGUUCUUAAGUGUCGGCUGUCUAUUGGUCGUACUCUUUACGAACAAUAUUUUUAAAUAAAAUUAAAAAUAAUUAUACUACUAAUGAUCAACUAAGUGUUAUUAUUAUUCUAUUAGGAAUUUUAAAACGAUUCAAAAGUGACAAGAAGCUCCGUUUUUGAAGCACUUAAUUAUUUUUAACUGUUGAAUUUUAAAAUUCAACUGAGUGAUUGCUACUCCGUUCUAACUCUUGUUAUACUUUUUAUUUUGAAUCUUACUCAAGAUGAGUGUAGAAGAGCAAAAUAAAAAAAAAAAGCUGAGAAGUGAUGAGAUAUUCAGUAAAAUAAAUCAAUUUGUUACUUUACAAAAAGAUGAAACUGCCAACUAUAAUAAGAUUUUUACAAAGGUGACGGAUAAAAUUAUUUCUAUUUUGAAACAAGAGGAUGAAGUAUUUAGAAAAUAUUAUCAAAGACCGAUGUACACCGGGUCUUUUUACAAGCUAACAAAAGUUGGAAAACCGGAAGAAUUUGAUUUAAAUUUAAUUUUUGCUAUUCCUGAUCUUGAUAAUGCUGAAAUAAAAAAAGGGAGGCCCGGCUUUGCUAAAAUUAGAUUUGAUAAAAAAAAACUUUCCCCUGUUUGGGUCGAAAACAAAGUAUUAAAUAAAUGGCUUGACAGCGAAUAUUAUUUGGACAAUGACAAAAUACGACGUUGGUUCGAAGGAGUCGUUGAAAAGAGUAUGAGUGCUUUCAAGAACGGGAAUAAUAAAAUCAUUCUUCCUAUAGACUCUGGAAGUAACUAUGAAGUAAUAAUUUUGAAACCACGAAGUUUUAACCAGAGAAAUAAUAACUGGCGACAUAAUAACUGGCGAGAUAAUAACCACGUUCAUAUGAAGAAUAAAAAAAAUUUUUUUCCCAUAGUAAAGGUAAGAAAAAGCGGACCAGCGUUUACUUUGUGUGUGACUUAUGAAUCUAUGAAGUUUUCUGUUGACUUGGUUCCGGUGUUAGAGUUCUCUCGAGCACCACCUCUACCAGGAAUUCAACAGUCGAAAUAUUCUUGGAAUCUUGUUCCUAAACCGUUGAAGGACGGUGAAAAUCCACAUCAAAAUUGGCGGUACAGUUUUUAUUCUCAUGAGCAGGACAUGUUAAAGAAAUUCGGUAAAGUUAAACCAGUAAUUCGCCAUAUUAAAAAAUUAAGAGACACCCAAAAUUGGAGUAUUCUUGUGAGCUAUCAUAUAGAAACUAUUUUUUUCCACGCAUUGAGCGAAAACAAAAUUGAUGAUAAUACUCCACAGACAGUGUUACUUGUUUUCAUGUUGAAGGAAUUGAGUAAAGCUUUUAAAAGUAGGAAGUUAAAUUAUUUCUGGGAUAAAACUUUUAAUCUAUUCGGUGAAUUGACUGAAGAGAAAAUAAUUAGUGUACAAAAACGUUUAGAUAAAAUAAUUAAAGAAAUAGAAGCUGAACCAUCGACUAUGACCCAGUACUUCUUAAUUAAAGAGGAGCAGGAUAAAAUAAAUGUAGAUUCUACUGCAUGUUUAUCGCGUCCGCUUCCUUUGUCUAGCGAUUCUAAAUCAAAACUACAGAAUAAAAGUGCCAUCAAAAAUGAAGUCAAAACUUUAAAUAACAAGAUUCCGUUAUUAGAAGCUUCAUUUAAAAAUUUAUUUAUACAGAGAGACAUUGAUCAAACUGAUGCUUCUACUACGUAUAAUACAGAGAUAAAAGCAUUAUUAUCUUCUCUUAUUAAUGAAAUGAAACAAUUAAAAAGUAACGUUAGAAAAAUUGAGAUUAAAAUAGACCAAGUUAAUGAGAAUAUUAAAAAAAUUAAUUCACGAUCAACAUUUUUUGACAUGGAAUAAUUUGCUCUCUCAACUUAAUUAACAAAUUUUCCAGAUGCAUUUGAUUGUAGUAAGUAUCUUUAAUCAUAAAAUAUUUUUAUACUUUUUUCUUUGUAAUUAAAUAAAAUGUUAUUUGACUUUAA